GACUCCGGCUCCAGUUUCCUUCAGUUUCGGAUCCAGUACUCCAGCAUUGCCCUCAUCUUCUAUGACUACGCUUUGACCUUCCCAACGGAGGUCAAAUACGUCUGGAGCUCAAAGUUCAGAUUGUCGACUGUUCUAUAUAUAUGUUGUCGUUACGCUCUCCUUGCGAACGUCCUCUAUCUCUUGGCUAUAGCUAAGAAAUUAGGCGCUAGGGUAUUUUCCUUUUUUCCGGCUUGCGACACUUGGUACAAAAUCAUUGGGGCGCUUAGCGUCUUUGGGCGAGCUGCCGUGAUUGUGACUUUCACUGGGCGCACAUACGCUAUCUGCGCUAGGAACAGGAUUAUUCUGAUUUACCUUGUUGCCAUUGGCCUGGCGUGUAUUAUACUCGACAUUGUCGGUCGGCAUUUACUAUCGGCACCAUACAUAUAUGCUAAGAUUGGAAGCGAUAGAUGCAUCUUCCAGGACUCAGAUGUGUUGGUUCUUCGACUAAUCCUCUCGAAUUUACUACUCUCCAUACUGAUGGUCGUGUUUGAGUAUUCAUCCGCGAUACUGAUAACGAUCAGAAGCAUUCAAGCGUUCAAAUUUGGCGGAUCCUGGAAGACACAGCGGCGGGGUUUCAUAUAUCUGAUUUUCGAGCAAGGUCGAAUCUUCUAUUUCAGUGUCGUUUCGUUGAUCACAACUGCGGCUGUCAUUUUAAACUCGGCAGGAUUCUUCCAGCGCCUACUCAACGCAUUGUUACUCCCACUUUCGGGUCUACUAACCGCUCGAUUCCUCCUCCGCCUGCGCGUCUGGGAGCAUCAACAUUCCGCCGCAGUGGUCAGCGAUGGCCGUGGGAUCGCCUCACAGCAUACACGAACACGGACUAUGGAGUUCCGUGUUUUGUCGGUGGUUGAUGAGUUUGGUGAGGAUCCGGUGGGACGUCAACAUGAAGGCGAGUAUGCGUUGGAGGAGGAGCCGUUUCAGGAAAAUAUGCCGUCCACGUCGAGUUUGGCUCCUGGGGGUCUGAAGAUGCCGAUGGGUACUGCCUAG